CACAAUGAUAUGCUUUCAUACAAAAAACAUUUUACUGUGAUGAUAUAGAGUAAGGGUUUGAAGUGUUUGUUGAAUGCAAGUCAAUAUUACAGUCAAUUUCUUAUAUUCUUAAAUAUUUCUGAUAUUUAUAUGCAAGGGGAUACUCUACAAUAAUUAUAUAUUUUAUUAUCAAAUUGAAAAAGAUAAGUUAGUGCAGCAAAAUACCUCUGAAUAUAUUAUGCUUAUUAGGCUUCCGAUAAUACUUCUCUGUGCCUUUGUUUCAAGUGAGCAAAAUGGAAACACCCAAAGAUUUUACAGUUCUAGAGCAAGAAGCUCAACUACAACGGCAAGCUGCACCAACUGUGGGACAACCAUAACUGAGCCAACUACUUCAAAGCCCAAAAGUCAUGCUGACCUGCGAAUGUUUCAUCAAAUGGUAGAAUAUUAUUUGCUGUCCAAUCUCGAUUCUGAAGUAAGUCCGACUUGGAGUAACCACACUUCAGCACCAGAUUAUAUGAUCCGUUUAUACCAGUAUAUGACCUCAAAGAAACAAAAGAAUAUUCACUGGAAGUCAUCACCUCGUGAAGCUAUUCGUGGAUAUUACAUCAUUGAUGAAAAAUCUACACUGCAGAAUUUGGUGUUCAAUGUAAGUUGCCAACCCCUUAAUGAAACAAUAACUCACGUGGAAUUGGUUCUCUCUCGAUGUUCUUCAACAUUAGAGCCAUUCGACCCCACAGGAUCUUCUCAACUUAAAAGCAUAAUGUCGGAUGUUAACAUGACCGUUUCCAUGGCGAUGGAUGGCUCACAACCAAUUGACAGCGUUUUUGUCCAAGUUUCCCCGAGAAGCAAUUCUUCGUUUUAUGUAAUAAACGUCACUGACAUGGUUUUGCAAAGUUUUGCUCUGAAGAAGACCAUAUUAAACUUCACCAUAGAAUCUUCUCUUUUGCUGAAUCCCCAAAAUCAUUCCUGCUUGUUUGAAAGAACAAAUAGGAAGUGCCCUCUUUUGGUAAUAUACGAAAACAUCGAACCAUUUAAUAUAAGCAGCAAUAAUCUUCGCAAGAAACGUCGUGUACAAUUGGCAUCAGAAUCACCACUUCAAGAUACAACAACGAGAGCUAAUGGCACCAUAAAUGCAAGUACCACACCACCAUCGAAUUCUUCAGAAUCAGUUCAAGUCAAUUGCCAUUUAACUUCAUGGUAUGUUAGCUUUGUAGAAAUUGGUUGGCAUAAUAUAAUUUAUGCACCUGUCGGAUACAAUGCUAACUAUUGUUCUGGAAAAUGUCCAACAAACUUGGAGCAAAUUAACUCAACUAACCAUGCGUUAAUGCGCAGCAAGUAUGCAAUUGUUGCUACCCUUGAUCCCAGUAUUCCGGCGCCGUUUUGUGUCCCCAUCCAGACGAGUGCACUGACUGUGCUUUAUCGGAACAAACAUAAUGUAACCAUAUCAAAACGGUUCGGUGACAUGGUGGCCGUCCAGUGUGCAUGUCUGUGAAAGGUUUCGUUGAAGCUGUAUCUAGCAUUACUGCAUGCAUAGCUAUUAAAAACAAUUAGGAUGUUGCUGUUGUUAUUAUUGGUGGUGAUGGUGAUGAUGGUGAUGGUGGUGGUGGUGGUGGUGGUGAUCAUGAUCAUCA